AUGAAGAAAAAAAAUAAAACAUUGCUUUUUUUUCUCCUUUCUUUCUCUGUCCUAUUAUUUUUUCAUUCAUGUUUCUUUAUCAUUUUUUCUCUUCUGUCCUUUUGUUAUCUUUCUUUCUUGUUUCUUUUUCCCUUGAAUUCUUCUUCCUUUCUUGUUUCUUUUUCACUUUUGUUCUUUUCUUCAAUCAUUAUUUAUUGUAGUCUUUUCUAUUUUCUUCAUUCUUCAACCUUUAUUCUUUUCACAUCAUAUUAUAUCUUGUUUCUUCUGCAGGGGAAUUCUGUUGAGAUGUUCUUCAUCAAGCCAGGAAUAAGCAGUGCACCAUUUAAGCUGGGGGACUUUCUGAAAGCCAGCACCAUCUUGGCUUCAAACAAUCUUUUGUCAAACGUUCAAACACAGAUUCCUCAAUUACAGAUCAAAACACUUCAACCUGCAACUGACUACAGGAUCUCUAUGGAAGAUUCAUUGUGGGUGCAGCCAUAUUUCCCAUAUAUUAUUGCAUCAUGUGCCGCCACAACCAUUAUUAUUUUAGUUGCCAUCAUGGUGAGUAAAAUCUUAUUUUCCUUUUAA